CGUUCUCCCAUUCCGCGAAGCGCAGGGGAAUCGCACGCGGUGAGGAGGGUUGACGAAGGCGGCGAGGCAAUCCGCGAAGAUAUUCCUCUGUUCCUUGUGUUCCACACCUGGGGUUUCUCUUCUUUUCGUGAUCGCUUCCCGGAUUUCGGUUUCCGUUACUUGACCUUGAUCCAAGGAAGCAGACGUGAACCGAAGCAUCAAUUAGCUGAGCAAUGGAGGUAUAUGGCAAAUCCAUGAUUGCCGAGACGAGCAAUGUGAUUUAUUUGUCCAGUAUUCUUAACAAGGAAGGGUUGAUUCCUAGUCACAAAUGUGACAAGAGGUGCCAAAACGAACAAGUGUUUGGAAAUAUGUACCGCUGCAAACUAACAGGACUGACACACAUCUGUGAUAAAAAUUGUGACCAGAGAAUUUUGUAUGAUAACCAUAGUUCUCUUUGCAGAGUGAGUGGACAGGUUUUUCCUCUUUCGCUAGCAGAAGAGCAGGCGGUGAGAGGUUUGCGGAGGAAGCUUGAAGUGACCAACACUGAUGGCUGUGCUUUUAAGCGCAGGCGAGAUGCCCAGCUGCAUCCUUCUCCUUUUGAGAGGGCUUUUUCUGCAGUCUCUCCAAUAUGCAAUCCAAUUGGAGAUGGCAUGGAUAUGAGUUAGAGCUUAUUAGUUCCGACCAUUUCGUUUCUCCCUUUGUUUCUUCUCUUGCCAACUUUCAUUUGGAUAGAGUCCAGAACUUCUGUUCUAUUAUGGGACCUGGAGAAAUUCUGUUUAUGUUAUGGGUAUGUAGGGAGUCUGUAGUAACUUCUAAUUGGUACUGUUCUGCUGUAACUGUUUAAUUUGAACUUUGUCUUGGAAACCAA